UUAAAAUGGGCCUGUCUCCUUGCCAUAGAAAGUGUAAUUUGAGAGAGACAUGGCACAAAUACUGUCCGAACGAACGGUGAGAUGCUCUGGGAGAAAACUGUGCCGCAGUGAGCAAACAAUUUGAUCUGAUCAGCGCUUUUACUCCGCACCCGGACACCGCUCAACAGAGGAACUGCCCCCCCAGCGGAGUGCUGCGCAUAGGGGGCGAUGCAAUGGGGGCGAUGCUGUGAUGUGGAGGUCACACUUCCCUGACUUCAUUCUGCUUUUCAAUCGAUAAAUAACCGUAAUACAUGCGCAAUAAACAGCUACUGGAUCGACUAGCCUACGAUUAUAGUGGUCACAGCGGCUCACCUGACAGUUGCAUGUGAUGGGUAUUUUGAGAGAUUGGAGAGAAAAACAGGGAACUAAUCCUUACCCGACAACCGUGAGUGUUCAUCGUAGCAGUUCUCCCUACCACGAGUUCUGCAGCUUACACUGUACCCAAUUCGAUCAGUUGAUGAAACAAAGUCUCAUUUAACGAAGGCUUUACCGAAACUGCAUAUGAUAGCAAUUAAUUACAAUUGUAAUGUAUUAAUGCAACAUUUCAAUUGGCUGUUUGGCUGGCUGGCUUGAUUCGUGAUAAGAUGAGCCGUAUUAAAUCAUGUAGUGGCACCAUUGCGACUGUUUUAAGAGUUUUGUCUAAUUGCCGUUUUAUAAAUAUGCUAGAUAUCUCAAGUGAGACUGUUUAAGGGAUUGUAUAGCUGCCUAACUGCGUCAGUACAUGCGAACGUUGCAGGUAGCCUAUGCACAUCCUCUCUGCUGAGGAAGGACCAUGAAAGCAGUAGCCUCUGAAUGUCACCGAUAACUGUCUAAAUAUUUCCGGGGGAUGGAUUCCGGGGAUGACUCGGUCUCGGACGCGCCACUUGGAUCGACAUUCUCCUCGGUUCCCAAUUUAGACUCUGACACCAACGCCAACAUCCGUAUCUAUGAGAACCGUGGAGAGCGGAAUGUCAACAACAUGGAAACUGCAGCGCUGAGAGGGGCAAGCGACCCGAGCGCGUACCCCUUAUCGGAUUACCGGGGACUGGUCCGUCAGAGGUUUAUUCGCAGAAGCUUGUGGUUUUCCGACGCGGACGACCAAGCGUUGGACGCGCCAGAAUGCGUCAACAGUACUCCAAUGCUCAGCGUCCACCUGCGCACCAUCGUGGACCGAACCCGCGCGCUCGGACCUCGCGUGGCUUUCCAGGUCCAGGAGAGCUCGAGCACCGAGAGCCAAGUGGGGCAGAAGGACAGUGCGACUGAGAGUGUGAGCGCGGAUGAAGAGAAGGAGAGGAGCGAGGCCGAGCCAAAACCAGACGAUGCAGCUGCACCGUCGCCUGAUACCACCGGGAAAGCGGGGAUUGACGAGAACGAGGAUGAGAACGAGAUAAAAGCCGUGUCCACCUCACCCGGGGGCAGGUUUCUCAAGUUCGAUACUGAGAUCGGGAGAGGGUCAUUUAAGACUGUCUACAAGGGUCUGGACACAGACACCUGGGUAGAAGUUGCUUGGUGUGAACUGCAGGACCGCAAGCUGACCAAAGCGGAGCGCCAGAGGUUUAAGGAGGAGGCAGAGAUGUUGAAGGGUCUUCAGCACCCCAACAUUGUGCGUUUCUACGACUUCUGGGAGUCACCGGUCAAGGGGAGGAAGUGCAUCGUUCUGGUGACAGAGCUCAUGACCUCAGGGACACUAAAAACGUAUCUGAAGCGGUUUAAGGUGAUGAAGCCUAAGGUUCUGAGGAGCUGGUGUAGACAGAUCCUGAAGGGGCUCCACUUCCUCCACACCAGGGACCCUCCCAUCAUCCACAGGGACCUGAAGUGUGACAACAUCUUCAUCACCGGCCCCACCGGCUCCGUUAAGAUAGGGGACCUGGGAUUGGCUACCCUCAAGAGGGCCUCCUUUGCCAAGAGUGUCAUUGGAACCCCAGAGUUUAUGGCCCCUGAGAUGUAUGAGGAGCACUAUGACGAGGCGGUGGACGUCUAUGCCUUCGGCAUGUGUAUGUUGGAGAUGGCCACCUCAGAAUACCCUUACUCCGAGUGCCAGAACGCCGCUCAGAUCUACCGCAAAGUCACCAGCGGGGUGAAGCCUGCCAGCUAUGAUAAGAUCAGUGACCCAGAGAUUAAGGAGAUCAUCGGGGAGUGUAUCUGCCAUCGGCGGGAAGAGAGGUACAGCAUAAAGGAUCUCUUGAACCAUGCCUUCUUUGCGGAGGACACAGGUGUGAGGGUGGAGCUGGCCGAAGAGGACGAUGGGAAAAAGAGUUCCAUCGCCCUGAAGGUGUGGGUGGAGGACCCCAAGAAGCUGAAGGGGAAGUACAAAGACAGUGGUGCCAUCGAGUUCACCUUUGACCUGGAGAAAGAGACCCCAGAGGGCGUGGCCCAGGAGAUGGUAGAUUCAGGCUUCUUCCUGGACAGCGAUGUGAAGAUCGUAGGAAAGUCCAUCAAGGAUCGAGUGGCUCUCAUCAAAUGGAGGAGGGAGCGAACCGUCCCUGCAGUCGAGAACCAGACCCAGAACCUGCUACAGGUGCCCAGCAUGGGAGUACCACAACAGGGGGCGCAACUGGCCCCAGCAGAGCCAGAGGAGGCAGAAGCUGACCAGCCCCUUACCCUGAUCUGCAGCCUGCCCGCACACGCCACCACGACUAAAUCUGAUGGUGGAGUGGGCUUCAUGGUGCUGUCAAAUGUUAAAAACAGUCAGCCCAGUGCCCCAUACCAGUCCAUCCUAGAGCCCAUCUCUACACCCCAGGUGGUCUACAGCCCCCCUGUGCAGCCCCAGGCCCAGCUGCACCAGGGAGCCUACCAGAAGCCCACUGCACAGCCUCCCCAAGUGGCCUACUCCUUAGCUACUACCACACAGCUUCAUCAGGUGGCCUACCAGCAAGCCACCACUCAGCUGCACCAUGGGGCCUACCAGCAACCUAAAGCACAGCUGCACCAGGGGGACUACCAGUCUCCACCUCCCAGUGCAGGGUGGAUCCAGGCCCAGCCCCAGCCCCAGGCUCAGCCAGCCUCUGCUCCAGCCACCCCAGGGCCUCCGGUACAUCAGAACGGCCCCACGGCCCCACAGAGCUUCCCAGCUGCUGCCCCUCUCGCCACUGUACAGGCACAGGCGCAGCCUGCUGUUGCAGCCCAGCCCAGCCACGAGUUGUCUGCCAGCCAGCCUCUACCUCAGCAGUGCUCUGACAUCACCAUCAGUCUUGUCCAAUCAGCUGCCUGCCUGGGCAGCAAUGCUUCUACCACUCUACAGCAGCCUUCCCAGGCCACGCCCCCUCUCCAGCCACUGCAGAGCAGCACACAGGUCCAGUCUGGUGCCCCUCAGGACCUCCAUGGAGAGGCUCAGGUGUCGGCACUCGCUCCACUCCACCCCGUCCAGCCUGCCAUCCUCUCCUCACCCUGGAGGGCUGAGGUGGUGGACCCCGAACCUGCUGCUGCACCCGGGUCUGACCAGACUGUCCCUGAGAUCCCAGCCCGGGUCCCACGCCUGGCUCCGGUUCCAGCUGCAGCCCUGAAGCCCGCUGGCAUCCAGAUAGCAGCCCCAGUGCCUGACCGUUUCAGCUUGUCCACGACUCAGCAGAACCUGGACACUGCAUCUGUGUCCACCUCUUGCCAACCUGAGGCCAGCCAAGAGGAGCCACUGCAAGAGAAACCCAUGGCCUUUCACAGUUACCCAGGCUAUGACAGCUUCAACUCAGACGUGGCGUCGGGUAAGGAGAUGAGUGAUGGCUGCGAUGGCUCGGCCAGCGGCGGGAAAGGGGACGGGAAGACCCGGAAACACCACCGCAAAUCGGCCCGCACGCGCUCCCGCCAGGAGAGGACCAACAAGCCCAAACUGAGCAUGCUCAAUGUGUGCAACACAGGCGAUAAGAUGGUGGAAUGCCAGCUGGAGACUCACAAUCACAAAAUGGUGACCUUCAAGUUCGACCUGGAUGGAGAUGCUCCGGAGGAGAUAGCCAUUUACAUGGUGGAGAAUGGCUUCAUCCUGCCCAUAGAGAAGGAGAUGUUCAUUGACCAGCUGAAAGACAUCGUGGACAAGGCUGAGGACAUGCUGAGUGAGAACAUGGAGGGAGAGACGGCCUCCGCCCUGGGUGGCAGUCCCCAACUGGGACACAACUCUGGGGGGCUGGGGGGAGAGAUUCAGCAGCCCGGAGCACACCAUCCUGUUUAUCAGCAGAAUGUGCUCCACACAGGGAAGAGAUGGUUCAUCAUCUGCCCAGUGGAGGAGCCUCCUACCUCCAGCCAGGAUGGAAUUACAAACGUAACUGCUGAUGGGACUACAACUGCUCAGCCUGACAGGACUACAAUUGCACAGCCUGAUGGGAUUACAGUGCCUGGCCAGUCUGCUGAGGGUGGCACUGCAGGGACUGCUUCAGGCAGAGUAUCAGCGUCGUCCUCCAUAGCUAACUCAGUUUCUGGGGGGAGUGGAGGCUUCGCCUACGAGGGCUAUGGCCUCUGUAGCCCUCCCAUCCUGUCCUCCACAGACCCUCUCCUCCUGGCCAUGUCCCAUGUCCCAGCCCCCUCUGGCCCCCCGUCUGUCCACCCAGGACCUCCUCCAGAGGGCCAGACCCACAGUUCUACCCUUCCCAGGGUGCAUCACACCCAGCCAGCCUCGGCUCCUCCAGUGGCCCCCUCUGGAGGUCGCCGCAGCUUCCUGUCCGGAGAGGAGCACCAGGGAGGAGGGCGUCUGGGUGCCAUCUCUCCCAUCCACGCUGCCCAGCAGAUGGCAGAGAUGGCGUGCACUGCCUCCAUGGUGGAGGAGGUGCCCUGUUGCCCACUGGUCAUGCCCCUGUCCCUGAACGUGAGUUGUGAUGCCCAAGGGAGCUCAACUCCCCUCACCCCUCUGCACCCCCAGGACCCCUCUACUUCUUCAGCUAGAGAAUCCCUACAACUCUCCUACCCCUCUGUUUCCCGCGGCGACCGCUCCCAGCAGCCCGUAGUGCUCCAUCAGCCUUUCUCUUCAGUGGGUGGAGCCAAGGCCCCCUCGUUGCCCCAGAGCCCGGCUCCCCACCAGCACACGGCAGGGGGGCCCAGUGAGUCGGAUGGGGAGGGUCGAGGGGUGGGAGGUAGGGGGGGCUUUGUGGACAGCACCAUCAAGACUCUGGACGAGAAGCUGAGGAACCUGCUGUACCAGGAGUAUGCUCCUAUGUACCCAUCAGGCACUGCUGCGGAGACACCAGGCUCGGGGACAGAGUACGUCCAGUCCCCUCCUGGGCCCGACAGUGCCACCUUGGGGUCAGGAAACAGCACACCUGGACCUAUGGGGGAAGGGCGCUACCGGACAGGGGAACAGCUGCCUCAGAUUCCAGAGAGGAUGGACAGUUUAAGUGCGUUGAGUGAUUCUGCCAUGGGUGCCCCCAUGUCCAGGAGAAAGAACAUACUCCACUCUACCUCCUGCUCGAGCUCCAGUGGCCGGUCUAAGAUUAUCAUAGGCCCUCCUGACAUGGUGACACGAGGAGAGCUGAAGCAGAGGAGUUGGAGCAGUGCUGCCUCCCCAGCACAUCCUGCUGGCCACUCAGACCACCGCAGCAGUGUCCAGGCAAUGGCCAUGGCCCCCUCCACCACCAUCGGACGCUUCUCCGUGGUCAGCACCGAGGACGACGUCACCCUGAGGACCCGCAGCAGCCGCUACUCUGCGCCGCCUGAUUUCUACCUGGAUACACCCCCCUCCAUGGCCAAACGGGGGUCACUGCCGCGUGCCUCCACUACCACUUCCAUGUCUGUUGAUGUUACGGUCCACGCACACCCACGCUUCCUGUCAUCAGACUCGGGGGCGGAGAGUAGUCCCGCCAAGCUGGCCCCGGCCACACCUUCACGGCACGGCCACUCGGGGGAGCGGAGAGGAAGUGACCUCAUGAAGAGGGCGGUGGCCUUCUUGCGCCGUUCGGGCCGCCGCAGUAGUAGUGUGCAGAGCUCUGAUUCGCUGAGCCGGCAGGGGGGCGUGCACGGCUCGGCCUAUGUCAGUAGUGACAACGACUCUGAGAUGGAGGACUCGGAUAUGAAGAGAGAGCUUACCAGACUCAAGGAGAAGCAUUUGAAGGAGAUUUCGGAGCUGCAGGCCCACCAGAGAGGGGAAAUAGAGCUGCUGUACCGAAGGCUGGGUAAAGCCACUCCACCCCCCCUAGGUUUCUCCCACACAGCUCCCCCCAAGCGGAAGAGCAAGCACAAGCACAAACUGAAGGCUGGCAAACUCCUCAGUCCUCUGGUACAACAGCUGAGGAACGUUACCACCAAAACCAGUGAUUCUAGCAAAACCAGUGAGCCUACAGUGAGUCUGAACGGGUCUCCAGCAAAAGCUCCAGUUCAGUCAGACAGCCGAGCCCAUUCAGGUACCAGUCACCUGGCUACCUCCACCUCUGAGCCCGUCCAGACCCAGCAGCCCUGCUCCCUCAAGGGUUCCCUCUCCUCAGACAACAUUUACGCUGGAGCUGGACUACACGGAGAGGGGACAGGUCCACAGACUCCACCAAGCCAAGGCUGGCCUGCUUACCCUCCACCACCUGAGAGAGUGACCUAUAAAACCAGUAGCAAACCACGCGCUAGAUUCCUCAGUGGGCCUGUGUCUCUGUCUAUCUGGUCAACUCUGAAACGUCUCUGCCUUGGUAAAGAGCGUGGUAGGGGGACUGGAUCAGGCUCAGGUGCAUCCAACCAGCCGUCCCAGCAACAGACAGCCAUCUCCACCCCUCCUCCCCACCAGCCAAUAGCAGGGUUGGCCCAAGCCCAGGCCAACAACAGCAACAACAAGACAGGCACCUUCACUGGCACUUACCCUGGCACCUACAUAGGCUCCUAUGCAGGGUCCUUCACAGACGACCUCCACAGACUGGUGGAUGACUGGGCCAUGGAGGCUCUGGCUGUCUCCUGGCGGCCACGGCCCAGUUCCCUCAGCCUCAGUGGGCAGCCGCGUUGGAACGACGACCCCAUGGGGCCCAGAACCAGAGCCAGACUGGCCAGCGCUCCAGAUACACCUGCCAGGACAGCCCCUGGCUUUGAAGGCCCCCAACUCUCCCUGUCAUGGCCGAUGAUUGACAGCCAGGGCCAGGGGUCAGUGAUGAGGACCAGCUCCCCGGGACAAGCAGGGUUCGAUCCUAGCUAUAUGGUGGCCCAUCCAGCCCCAGACCUGUUUGGGGGGCUGCCACCUUCGCCCCUCUCACCCUUCUGUGUAAGCCAGUGGCCUGAGCUGCUGUCCUCCUUGGGUUCAGGGGUGUUUGCUUUCCCUAUCAUGCCCCCAGCCUGGGGCACCCCCACUUCCGCCCCUGCUCCACCCUACGAGCCCCCCGACCCCAAAACCAGGACCCUCUAAUCCUCUAACCCCUGUAGCAUCAUGUCUUCCAACUAUGUUACCAAAAAAUAAGUCAUAUGUAGUUAGAGCUGUGGUCUACUCUACGCACAGUAUGUAAACUGUAUAUAUUUAACCAGCAUGUAUGUAUAUAGUAAGCAUUUUAUAUAUAGCCCAUAUAUGUUGUUAUCAAUGUGUGUGACAUUAUCAACCUCAAUUUACAUACCUCAUAUGUAUGUACCUAAGGGACAUAUGCAUAUUUUAUCACCUGUGUGAAUGUGUUGUACUGUAUUUAAGGUGUGUAAUACAUUCAUUAUAUUUGCAUAAUCCAUUCAUUUGUUUGUGCAUAUAAGCUUUCUGUGUAUGUAUUCCUAUAUCAUUCAUUGCUACUGUAAGUCUUUGUACAUAAACUGUUUAUGUUUGUGUGUUUAUAACCCAUAUGUGUGUAUGUGUACCCCUGUGUGUGUGUGUUUUUGUGAGACAAUGUGUGUCCAACAUGUUAUCCAUAUGUACAGUAGGGCCUGCAGGGCUCUAUCCUAACCCAGACGAGAGCCAUUCACCAUCUUGCCGUCACUGUGAAGCCUCGUCUACCUGGUUUACCAGCCUGGUCUCCCUGGUUACGAGCCUUGUUACCCUGGUCACCAGCUGUGUCACCCUGGUUAACAGCCUGGUCACACUGUUGGUUUCCCUGGUUACCAGCCGUGUCACCCUGGUUAACAGCCUGGUCACACUGUUGGUUUCCCUGGUUACCAGCCGUGUCACCCUGGUUACCAGGACCGCCUGCUUUAUUACUCUGACAUUUAUGUUGUAAUAUACUUCCUUCAUUUUCAUUGAAACUCUUACAAUGCUAGUGCUUGAAAUAGUCCUAGGAAAUGUGGAAGAACUUGAACUUAACCUUCAGGAGAAAUAUCCUGCAAGAGUGCCUUGAACAGUAGUUUCAGUUAAUUCUGGAGACAAGCAUGAGGCCAUUUGAGAUAAGUUAGGAUAAUGGGGUCAUAUUAUGUGUGUGGUUUUGUCUUUAAAGAUACUAGGUAUAUUUGUGUGAAUGUUAUAUUUAGGAAAAAAACAGGUUGGUUAUAUUCAGGUUGCCAAUUUAGAAUGUUGGGAGUAAGACCAUGGUAUUGGUUGUUUUGUGAAUAUUAUAGUAACAGAUGGGACAUUAUCUAAUGUACUACUGUAAGAUUCACACAGUGCACUGAAGCUAUGUGUUGGCCUCUUUGUCCAGAGGCUUCUACAAAGCAGUAGCUAUAUACGAUUUUGCUCCACUGACCACGGCCUGCAUGAACACACACUAAAGCUUGCACGGGAUAAGUGCAAGAGUUAGGGGCAUUCUCUGGGUGAGAGCUAGUGUUACUUGGCCGUCAGAAAACAGUGGAUAUUUUGUACUGUACUGUACAGUAUUAGUAGAACUGAAGGGUUUCUCAGUAUGGACAUUCCUACAGUAUGCCUUAUUGUAGGUUUGAAUCAUUCACCCGUGUGGUAUCAGUAUUAAGUGGGUCAUUCCACGAAUAGUGCCUUUCAUGGCCUUGUGACGUUGUGUGCGUGUGUACAGUUUUAUAAAACACGUCAUUUAACCGUUAGUUCACAUACUUCUCCGCUCUUACCGAGCUAAGCACUCAAUUUAACAGUCGGUUCACAUAAGUCCAAUAGUAGCGUGUUUUCAUGAAAGUAAAUUCCCAUUUUGGCAUGUUCCACAUUAUGUUUGACAAUUUUAACCCGCUUCACCACAAACAUUCCCAAAGUUUUCACCGUCGUUGUAAAGCCGUAGUUAUUUUCUUGCUUUGACCAAGUACCAAUGGGUCCCUCAGGUUUAAGGUCAGCCCUGUGACAUGAACUGAACUCUCCUAUAAAAAGAAAAAUGUAACAUCUAAUAUUCAAAGCAUAGUGUAAAAGCAGGUGAGCUGGUGCCCCUCUUUUUGUCCAUUUCCAGUGUUUUGUGGUGGAAAACUGAGCGAUUUGAUCAUAACACGUCAACCUAGUUACCCCUAGACAGAUAGGCGACACAUUUUUUAACAAGUUCGCAUGUUUGGUUAAUCUUGCAUUGAAUUGCGCCUCUCUGUUCCAUACCCCCUAAGUUAUGGCUUAAGUAAGAUGAAAUCGUCAAUGCUGUUACUUUAAUUGGCACUUUUACAGCCAUUUUUUCUGAGAUGGGAAAACAUGUUUUUAUGUAGUUUAACAUGUACUCUUUAUGACGGAAAUAAAUGUGUAUUUGUAUUAUCACACGACCGACAAGGCACUCUAUUCGUGGAAUGACACAAGUAUGGGUUUUGUUCAUGCACAGUACCGUUUGACAUAUAUGAAUGUUAGAGGCCGGUAUGAUAUAUAAGGAUUUGUAAUUUAUCGCAUGACCUAAACAAGUUGACUCGUCUAAAGCCCAUGUAGUAACCAACAGAUAAAAUGUACAUUUCAUACGGUAUCUGUGGAGGUUGUUGGUUAAAAAAAGUAAUAAUGUUCAAUAAGGAGUUUGAUCAUUGACGUAAGAUCAGUCAUAAUCUGUAUCAUAAGGAUAAUAAGUAUACAGUUAUACAGUGACUAAUGUAGUGCUGUGUGUUGAUGACAGAGAAGGGGCUAUGUCUUCUAACUGCACAGUUCUUCCACUUUAGUCUUCUGAGAUGGUCAGAAUCACAAGACCAGCCCAGUGUAUAUCAAUCAAUACUUCUUUCAUUUUGGUUUUGGGUUGUAUGACGCAAUCAUUUAAAUGCAGUAUAACUCACAUCAUCUUGUACAAUAAUAUCUAUCAACAAAGAUCAGAAAUCACAUAACCCAAACAAUCCCAGCAAAGGCUCCAUACCCGGAAUGUGAGAUAAAUAGUGUCUGUCACUACUACACCCAUUCAGCCAAUAGCUUCCUUUGCCAACCAGUUGGCAAUUCUUGCAAAUAAAUCCUUUACUUGUUAUGGUUUGAAGCAUUUCCUAACUGUACAGUCGUUCAGUCAGUUCAGUUUGAAUUGAACUUUUGUAGACGAAUAGUGCAGAAUGUUCUGCUCUGAAUCCAAUCUCCAUCCCAUGCAAAGCGAGACUUGUGUUCUCUGUAAACAGCACCUGGCCUAUGUAGCUAUUGACAGGACUCAUCAUGCGCUCACUAUACACAGCAAGGCUUUCUCUGAACUCUGAUCUGUGACGCUUGCAGUAGAAGCUCUGCUCUCUGUACGAUUGCUUUUGCCUAGCUUAUACUCUCCCUGCACUUUCCUGACACACUGGUCAGUAGCGCUCAUCUCGCUCACAAAGAUUGUACAUAUUUGAAGACAGAAAUAAAUAAUAAACUUGUUUUUGCUUGA